GCCCAGAGAUUAAUAUCCACAGAUCAGGUUUAUAACGAAGCUCAGAAAAUGCUAAAGCUUAAAGGAGAAAUGAGAGGUGCCAAGGAAAUGAAAGAUGAGGGAGGGGAAAGAGACAGAGAAGUGAGCAGCCUGAACAGCAAGCUCUUGAGCCUGCAAGCUGACAUCAAGAGUCUACAUGAUGUUUGCAAGAGACAGGGGAAGACCUUGCAGGAGAAUCAACUCUGUGUGGAGGAGGCAGUGAUGAACAGCAGCCAUUUGCAGAAUAAAAAGCAAGCAUUAGCAUUCGAGGAAUCACAGAUGGAGUUUGGGUCCAGUAAACAGUGCCAUCUGAGACAGCUCCAACAACUCAAGAAAAAAUUGCUGGCCCUUCAACAAGAACUGGAGUUUCGCACAGAGGAGUUACAGACUUCUUACUGUUCCCUCCUGCAGUAUCAGUCUGUCCUAGAGAAGCAGACUUCUGACCUGGUUCUUCUUCACCAUCACUGCAAACUGAAAGAAGAUGAGGUGACUCUCUAUGAGGAGGAAAUUGGAAAUCAUACUGGGAGCACAGGGGAGAAGCUCCACUUGGCACAGGAGAAACUUGCCUUGGCCGGGGACAAGAUUGUCUCCCUAGAAAGAAGCUUAAACCUCUACAGGGAUAAAUACCAGACUUCCCUAAGCAACAUUGAAUUACUGGAGUGCCAAGUGAAGAUGUUGGAAGGGGAGCUCAGCGGGAUUGUCAGUCAGGAACCUGAGAGCAAGGGUGAUCACUCAAAGGUGCGUAUAUACACUUCUCCCUGCGUGAUUCAAGAGCAUCAAGAAACUCUGAAACGACUGUCUGAAGUCUGGCAAAAGAUCUCUGAACAGGAUGAUCUGAUCCAGGAACUUCGGAAUAAGCUAGCCUGCAGUAAUGCUUUGGUUCUAGAGCGUGAAGAGGCUUUGAUAAAAUUACAAGCAGACUUUGCUUCUUAUACAGCCACCCACCGACAUCCUCCUAGCUCCUCAGAAGAUUGUGAAGACAUCAAAAAGAUCUUGAAGCACCUACAGGAGCAGAAGGACAGCCAGUGCCUGCAUGUGGAGGAAUACCAGAACCUCGUGAAGGACUUGCGCAUGGAGCUUGAGGCCGUGUCAGAACAGAAGAAAAACAUCAUGAAGGAAAUGAUGAAAUUGGAGCUGGACCUGCACGGGCUGCGGGAGGAGACAUCUGCCCAUUUGGAGAGGAAGGAGAAGGAAUCCAUGAUCCUGCAGCACCGGCUGCAGGAGCUGCAGAUGCAGGUCACUGAGACCCAAAAGCUGGGUUUGAAGAAAGACACGCUCCUCCAAGAGAAAGAUGAAAUGCUGCACGAGCUAGAGAAGGAACUGACACAGGUUCAGACAACACUCCUGAAAAAAGAGAUGGAGUGGGAGAAGCAGCAACUAAUCACAACAGAACUCGAAAUCGCCAUCCAGGAGGCGAAUCAGGAUAAGAGCAAGGAGGAGUGUGGGGCCCUGCGAGCCGAGAUCCAGAAGUUGAAGGACAUUCUCGAAGAUGCCCAACAGCAGCAGAAGCUGGCUGCUCAGCAAGCAGCCCAGUACAAAGAAGAGGCUGGUAUGGCAAAGAAUAACCUGGAGGAUGCCCAGAAGAAACUGCAAAGCUGCAUCCUCUCGGAGAAGCAGAAGGCAGACACCAUCCAGGAGCUGCAGAGAGAACUUCAGAAGCUGCAGAAGGAUUUCCUAAUGGCUGAAGAGGAACUUACACUUAACAGGAAACGGAUAGAGGAGCUGACAUCAGAGCUCUCUGAGGUCCUGAGGAAGCUUGAAAAUUCAGACAAGGAAAAGAAGCAGCUUCAGAAGACAGUGAAUGAGCAGGAUAUAAAACUGAAUGAACUGCUAGAUCAUGUAAAACUCCUUCAGCACCAGGUCAGGGAGCUAACCUCCACCAAAAGCACUCUAGAGGUGGAGCUUAAGGAAGUAACGAUGUUACUAGAGGAGAAACGGGAACAGUUGAAAAAGAGCAAAGAACAGGAGAAGCUGAUGGAGGUAGAGAUGGAGUCAUUGCAACAGGAAGAAAGAAAGAAAGAAAAGACGUCAAAAGAAACAUUGCGAAAUUUGGAGGAAGAAAAUGAGAAUCUCAAAAUACAGUUUAAGCAACAUUCUUCACAACUAGAGUCUUCUCUCAGCAAAUACAACACCUGUCAGAAAGUCAUCCAAGAGCUGAAUAGUGAGGUUGCCUUUCAGAAGGAGGCCUUAGCGAGUCUGCAGACCCAGCUAGACAAGGCUUUGCAGAAAGAGAAGCACUAUCUCCAGACCAUGGUCAGUAAAGAAGCCUAUGAGGAAUUAUCCCGGAAGUCAGCUGCCUGCCAAGAUGACCUGACACAAGCUCUCGAAAAGCUCAAUCAUACGAUAUCAGAGACCAAGAGCCUGCACCGAAACUUGACGCAGGCCCAAGAUAGGAAAGUUCAGCUGGAAGAUGAAAUUAUGGCGUAUGAGGAGAGGAUGAAAAAACUCAACAUGGAAUUAAAAAAACUUCAAGGCUUCCACCAGGAGAGUGAGCUAGAGGUACAUGCCUUUGACAAGAAGCUGGAGGAGAUGAGCUGCCAAGUGCUGCAGUGGCAGAAGCAGCACCAGAGUGACCUCAAGAUGCUGGCCGCUAAAGAAGAGCAGCUCCGGGCCUUCCAGGAGGAAAUGGCCACCCUGAAAGAGAGCCUCCUUGCUGACGAGAAGGAGACCUGUUGCCUGCCCCCUCGGUCUGCACCCAAAGACCCCUGUAAGCUGCGCCGAGAGAAUGAUCAGAUUAUGACCAACAUGGAGCAAUGGGCCAAAGACCAGAAGAUCGCCAAUGAGCAAUUAGGAAACAAGCUCCGUGAACAGGUCAAAUAUAUCGCCAAGCUGACUGGUGAAAAGGACCACCUCCACAAUGUAAUGGUCCACCUGCAACAGGAAAACAAGAAGCUGAAGUGCGAGAUAGAGGAGAAGAAGCUGAAAUCAGGGCACCCAAGGUUGUGCACCAAAGCCCUGAGCCCAAGCAAAACAGAGUCCACACAAAGAGGGAAAUUGUGUGGCACCCUGGGCUGGAGGGGGACCACCCGGGACAUGAGGCAAAGAAUGGAUGUCACCAAGUUUGUCGGGAUGCCCCACUGUUCAGAGCAGGUAGACAACUUCUGCUAGCCCUUCAACUCAGGGCCAAGAUAGAAGCCUUCCCAGGCAAACAGCCAGAAGCUCUCUCUUCACUCUGGAGCCAAGAGAAGUCAGUUUCCACCUGCAUUUCCAAUAAAGGCGGUUAGAGGUAAAAAGAAUGGAAGUAGAGGUAUAGCUCGUGCUAGCUGGUAAAGCCUGACUUCCAAACUCACCCAUAAAACUGACUUAAAAUUGAACUUAAAUGUUGAGUUAUACUUAAAAUUGAACUUAUGUUGAGUUACAACAGAUGGAAAUUCAAAUCCCCAGAAGAGAGUGAGGGAGCGUGUGGAACUAAGUCAGCAGUGUGAGCCUGGCCCCAGAGGGCUCUUGCUGAGCGCUGGCUAGUAUCCAGGUGCUUCUUAGCCCCAAGCCUGUAGGUGACGCAGCCCCAACACUGAACCUUGUAACCAGCACACCUGGCAGAAGUCCAACCCUAGGGAAUCACAAAAUAAGGACUAUGAGUGACACAAAGGACCAAAUAGUUACCACGGCAGACUUAAAAGACCGCUUAACAAAAGACUGGGAUUCUGGCCUAAGAAUCAUCUUUUAUAUGAAAAUCGGUAAACAACAAUUUACACUAUUUUCCAUGAAUACACAAACCUGACACAUGCAGAGUCAAAACUUUUGCCAUUCUGGGCAAAAGAGCAGCAACCCCUGAGGAGGGGCAGAGGGUACAUACUGGCUCACCUCCCUCCCUUCCCAGCCACCCGCCAUCCUUAGGAACAGCUUGGCACACAGAGCUGGGUGCUGGUGGCCCGGGCCACUCUCUUCCCUGUCAGCUGUGCCCCACCUUGCCAAUCCCUCGUCUAAGAGGCCACCACUGCCUGGAGAACAGAAACAGGAUGAGCCACAAUUCCAGCAGGAUCCACCCAAGUAAAGUCAGUUUGUAGUCCUGCCCACCGUGUGAGUUAGGGUAGUAAAGGAAAAAGAACAGUCAGGCAGUAACAUU